AUGACAACGGUGCGGAUGCGUGCGCGUGCGCUCGUGCUGCGUCUUGGAAUUGGAAGAUCCAGCCAUAGUACCCGUAGUAAGGGUGAGGGAGGUUUGAAUUUCAAGAAAUCUCCAAAAGCAUGGGAUAAUUCCGAGGAUUUUAUAGUAGGUUCGAUUCUUUUGGUAGAAUAA